CGCGCGCGGUGGUUGCUGGGAGCCGAUGGUGGCACGAUGAAGGUCUGCGGCGUGUGUGAGGAGCAGGCUACGAAAUACCGAUGCCCGGCCUGUGAUGUGCGCUAUUGUUCUGUAGGAUGCUACAAGAAACACAAGGAUGAUUGCAAAACACAGAAGUCUGGUUCAGUGUCAUCAACUUCAGAGCUCUCUACAGAAGUUGGGACAAUAACAUGGCAAGACGGCAAAGAUGACAUAUUGGGUGAAGAUGAAGAAUCUGAUCGAGUGCCCCUAGAGAAAUUGAAACUGUUGGUAAAAUCUGAGGAAUUGAAGAGUUUACUUUGUAAUCCUCAUCUUAGACAGUUGCUAUUGACAAUAGACAGAGCAGAAGAUAAAGAAAAUAUCAUGAAAUCAGCUAUGCAAGAACCAAUUUUUGUAGAAUUUGCUGAUCAAUGUCUCCAAGUGGUUGAACCCCAAGAUAAAGAAAAUGACAUCACUGGCUCCUGGUAACUGUGGUUAACCCCUGAUCACAUGGCAACUUCGUUGAAAAGUAAUUAACCAAUCCUGGUUUUGACUUGGGAAAAAUGGAAAGCCUGACAAUUCAGCAACUAUGGAAUGUGCAGUGAGGUCAAUGACUGUGGACAGUUUUUUUUU